CACUAUGUAUCUAUUAGGACUGCGUCGGGUUGUUCUUGUAGUACUCGCUGAUGCGUUUUGAUACGGGCCCCGUCUGCAUGACGCUCCAGACGGAGCCGAAGACGACGCCGAGGCCGAUGCCGAGGGAGGCCUCCCGGAUGAGGGAGCGGAGGACCCAGCUCGCGCCUGCGGACGCGUCGAGUGGGCGCGGCGGCGGCGUGGCGGCAGCGCGGCGAAGGCGGGCACGCGACGGUCGAGCGAGGCGUCUUGUAUCAUUGUAUCUUCGUGGGCGGAGUGUCGCGCCGGAGGGGCCGCAGCAUUUUGGGAGCUAUGUGUGUGCGCGCGUCCCGCCGCAACGCAAAAUGAGCAGCAAAUGCAGCUGGGGCAUGAGGUGCUUUUUUUGGCCGCGGCGCGACGGGCGGACGCCCGGUUUUCCACAGAACGUCGAUCACAGGGUCUGUUCGAAGCUUUUUAAACGGCUCUGCUGACGGACCAGCCAUCGUAGCGCAACAGCAGGCCUGCUUUUUGGCCGCUUGCUACAAGGCUAGAGGCUCAGGCCGCUAG